CACGAGGGUAUCAUUCCUCAUAAAAAAAAAAGGUGUAAAAAGUGUUUCAGUGUUGGAUUUCAGUAAUUCAGACGUAGCAAUUUAGUUGCACGAUAAGGGCUGUGCCUCGAGUAAAGUUUCACCAGUUGACAAGGUUGAGAAAGAAAAGGAAGUCUCUUUGAGCUACGUGAAAAUCGUCGCAAAUAAAGCACGGAUUUGUUGCGUGGCACCAAAAAGGUACGUACGUAAAUUGCUAUUGCUUCAGCAGGGUGAAUUUUUCCCUUUAAGGUUGUGCUCACUGCUUAAAACUAUUGUUACUUAAAAGCUUUCACUAAAUUAGAGAAGAAGGAAAAAAAAAGAGAAAGAAAGUCUUGUUCAUCAAGUGGGAGUGAAAUCUUUCGUAGAAGUGCAAAUCUUCGAGAACUUUACAAACUGAUGAUAUUCGGUAACCUGUGAUAAUUUUUGUUAUGCACAAGUCGAGCCUUAGAAGAAAUCGAAUUAUUUUCGACUUCCUGUGACGAGGAGUAUUAAAUGCUAAAAAAGAACCAAAUAACAAGAAAUUAUUGAUAAAGUAUGGGAUUUGUAUUCAUUUACUUCAACAGAAAUUAAGUUAAUGAUCCGUCUGUUAGUAUCAAUUGGUUUCGUGGUAAAUGGAGAGAAGACAAGUCAGGAUUUUCAGCAAAACUUUCCCUUUAACACGCAGUCGUUUUCGUAUCUUUGAUGGUGGUGUAUCAUUUAGUAUCAAGGAUUUGGAGACAACAUCAUAAUAUUUCGUUUUCGAUGAUUUGUUCGUGUUUGUUUUGAAUAAAAUGCGCCAUAUCGCGUGGAACUUUAAUUAGAAAAUGAAUGCGAAGAAAGAGGGUGGAAUUCUAUUUUCUGCUUUCUUGUUCUAUUUAUGGUUCUUAAUUAGCCCUUCAACGCCUGUUCUGCACAAAAAGCCUCGAUUAACCAAUGAUACUCUUUCAGGUCAAAUGUGAAGUAUAAAUUAUUAUUUUCCACUCACGUCGCAAGACUGAGAAGACAGUAGAGCGAUGAAAACAUCAAACAUGUUUCCUGUCUUUUGAAAAAUGAAACUAAUUAAUUUUUUUUUCUUUAGAUCAUCUCAAAAUGAACACGUUUCUAUUCAACGCCAUUAUGGUCAUCCUCUUGACAGCAGAGCUCGGACAAAAUUUUCGUAUCAUUAAUCAGAAACUUCCGUCCACCUAUGAUGUUAAGGAAUGUCCCCCCGGAUUCUUACCGUGCGUUUCACAAAACGGAGAGCACGCCUCUGAUCAGGACGGGGUGACUUCUUUGGGUACAUUAGCCACCAUAGCAACAAGCGGGAGCUCAGUCGAGGCGUCUACUCCGACAGCAUUACCCUCUAAUGCAACUGAACAGCGAAAGACACCCAAGGCCCCUCUUGGAGGAAAUAUGGCGGAAACAGGGGACUCAAAGACCAAGAGCUUGCAGAAUGGUGGCCACGAAUGUCCCCCAGGAAUCUGGGUUUGUUGAGCAAAGUGUGCAGUCAGAGGACCAUCUCAAUUAAUCUUUUCGUAAUCAGAUGUGGCGGAAUUUAAAGCGUGCUAGGUGUUAGAGUAGGAAACCGAAGGAUUUUAUGUUAUUUUGUUACGUUUUGUUGGAAUGUUCCUUUGCCAAGUGCAAAUUUUCACAACGAGUAGGUAGUGACUUUGGAAUCUCUACCUGAAAACAAACACUAAGUCGUACAAAUGUGGCAUUUGAAGUCACAUGAGUAUAGGAGUGAUAUGUUGCUUAGUAGUAUUAAGUGGCGUAGGGGUAAACGAGUUGGUCUGACAAAAUAAAAUGCUUAUCUUUUUUAUGUCUGUGGACAUGAUUGUAGAAUCGAACAAAUGAGGUAACCCUCAGGGUUGAUUUUGUUUUUUCCCGGAAAUUCCUACAAUUUUCCAUCGAAUUGACUGCACUUAGAAUGUUUCAUCUGGUUUACCGACGGAAAUUCUGAUGAGGCAAAAAUAUUAGGACUCAGUUUCAAUAUCAGCGGUCAUGAUACAGAAAUCAGUUUUGAUUUUAGAUCAAUCAAAUCGGCUUUUUAGCUUAGAGUUCAUCUUUAAUCAACUCAUAGGGUUGGCAAACAUGGUUGGAACUCUGAGUUGCGGCAAUAUUGAAAAUAGUUUCCGAGUCCCGAAUAGACUUUUAAGUCGCCAAAAUUCCAUAAGUUGGUAGUAAAUACAGUAAAAAUGUUGUUUGACCUUCUUAAGACAGAUAUCUCUAGCAUGGUUUAUCCUUACAUGUAUCGUGUGGAAAGUUGAACUAUUAUGUUAGCACUGUGUCUGCAUAAUCUCCGUCUAUUCAUUCCAUAACUUGUCUGGCAGAUAAUCAAAAGUCAAAAAAAAAGAAACAAAAUUUGCCAAUCCAGGUCUAAAAUCAGAACCAAUUAUAUUUGUGAUGACAGUAGAAGUGGAUUCACUCAACAAAGCAGAAACAUUAGAACUAAGCAGGCUAUAAUCAUCCUUGAAACUUGACAUCGUUAAACGAAAGAUGGAAACCAGUUACCUUUUCUCAUAUUUCUUGGUUACAUUUGAUUCUUGCUUUAUUCAAGUUUUGUUUCCUUUGCCGCUCCUCGAAUAACUAUUGCGGUGCAACUCAUGACACGCAAUGAGUAAAUCACGCGAUGCUGACGGAAGAAUUAUUUUGUAAACCUGUUUAUUUAACAUAUCAUUGCAAUCAAUAAGUGUUUUCUGUUCAAUCCAUGGCAUGCUAUCAGUAAAUCACGCGAAUUAAAUAGGAUAGCGUGAUUUUCUCGUCAACGAUUUAUUUAUUAAUCCUCUUUAAACCGUAUUCAUGACGGGCCUCGAAAGUGGAUUGCCGCAAGAAUGGGAAAACAAGUAUCAAAGAGCUGUAAUUGCAGCCAGCCUUGUGGUUGGCCGCAAAAUCAAUUUGCUGGUUGUAUAGUGUCCACUGAGUAACAUAUACAGACUUAGCGUCAGGAGAACUUUGCUAUAAGAAAGGAAUUAAAAAUCAAAAU